AAUUCCUGGUGUUGGUUUUCCAUUGUUUAUUAAUUCGCUCGUCCACGAGAUGAGAUCGACCGCGGUCAUGUAUCUGGUGACGUUCUAUGGUCUCUCUUAUGCGGUGCCGGCAAGCAUGACAGCUGUCAAUGAGUCGAGCGUGAAAGAAAUAUCGUGGACCAGCUGGAAACAGAUGAAAAACAAUUCCGAUGUCAUCCUCGAUACGCUGCAAAUGAUAAGGAAAGCAGGUUAUCCGGCAGAGGCUCAUGUUAUAACGACGGAGGACGGUUAUAUAUUGACGUUACAUCGUAUCCCAGGUGGCAACGGCUCUUUACCUGUGCUGCUACAACACGGUCUGUUAUGCACCUCCACCGAUUGGGUCAUUCUUGGCAAAGGCAAAGCACUCGCUUAUUUAUUGGCAGAUCAGGGAUACGAUGUUUGGUUGGGCAAUUUUCGUGGUAAUACUUACUCGAGGGCGCAUAUUUCCCUAUCACCAUCGGAUUUGAAAUUUUGGAAUUUUAGCUUCCACGAAAUAGGCAUGUAUGAUCUACCUGCAAUGAUUACAUUUAUCACAAAUAUGAGAUCGCAACCGUUGCAUACGUAUAUCGGUCAUUCGAUGGGUACAACAACUUUUUACAUAAUGGCAUCGGAACGUCCGGAAAUCGCACGAAUGGUAGAAAUGAUGAUCAGCUUCGCGCCAGCGGUCUUUAUAAGCCAUAUGAAAAGUCCAUUUAAAUACAUCUAUCCUUUCUGGAAAAUAUAUCAGAUAUUCAUGCGAGAUUUCUUCCACGACGAAUUCCUGCCGCAAGGCAAUUUUUUGAGAUUUCUCUCGAAAUACGGUUGCGAUCAGAAUUUCAUCGAGAAGGAGAUUUGCGCCUUAUUGAUAUUCGCGAUCUGCGGUUACGAUCCCGAGCAGUUUGAUUACAAUCUACUGCCUGUUAUCCUGAAUCACGAUCCAGCCGGCGCCUCGGCUAAGACGAUUCUGCAUUACAUCCAAGAAUACCAGUCGGGCAAGUUUCGCCAAUACGAUUACGGUCGCGAGGAAAAUCUAUUAAUAUACAACUCGCCGGAACCUCCGGAUUACGAUUUAGCAAAUAUCACGGUCCCGAUCGCAUUGUUCUACGGUCCUGGUGACUGGCUGGUUAACAUCGCCGAUGUGAAGAAGCUUUACAGCCUAUUGCCUAAAGUAGUGGAUUUGUACGAAGUGCCGUGGCCAAAAUUUAGUCAUUCGGAUUUUAUAUGGGCCAAAGAUGCGCUCAAACUCGUGUACAAGAGAACACUCAAGCUCAUGAAGAAGAGGAAUCCAAAUAAUAUUACAUCGAUGAAUUAAUAUUGAUAAUUAAAAUGAGGAUAAAUAUUACAUAUAAAAUUUUUAGUAAUAGAUACGAUUAAUAGCAGUUGUAACUUCAAAUUUAAUAAAACGUAAACUUUUAUAAUAUUCUUGAA